CUUGCAGAGCAUUUAGGCUAUGUGCCUUAGACAGGAUGGAGGCUUAGGUCUCGCCAUCGGAUAGUCACGAUCAAAUUAUAGAAGGCAGGGGGGGAAUACAAUUGCGUUGCACCGCAAUUUUCAAACCAAAUAUCAUCAAAAUCGACCAGGCCACAGCUCUCAGGACAGAAGCAGAUGGACUUCGUGCUUGACGUGGAACCUGUAGAAGAAAUCAUUUCGAAAAUCCAAACAUCUCUAUACAUAACAUGUGCAUAAUCACAGGUACUCCAGAACAAUGAAAAUUUCGAGAAUUGACGACACCAAAUGCACCUACUG